AUGGCGUCCAACCAUAUACCCAAAAUUUCCCUUCAAAGCACCGACCUUGAGACGCAAAUCACACCUGUAGAGAUAGACCAGACUAAUGAAACCAAAGACUUUGAUUACUCCAGAAGAUCUCAAUGGCUAAGGGCCGCAGUUUUGGGAGCCAAUGAUGGGUUGGUGUCCACGGCGUCUCUCAUGGUGGGUGUGGGAGCAGUGAAGCAAGACAUAAAGGCCAUGAUUCUCUCAGGCUUUGCUGGUCUUGUGGCCGGAGCUUGUAGUAUGGCCAUCGGAGAGUUCGUGUCGGUGUACUCGCAGUUAGACAUCGAGAUCGCUCAGAUGAAGAGAGACAAGGAAAGUGGGAAAGAUCAGAAAGAAGAAGAGGAAGAGAAAGAGGGUUUGCCAAAGCCAUUUCAGGCAGCGGCAGCAUCAGCUUUGGCAUUUUCUGUGGGAGCAAUGGUGCCAUUGCUUGGAGCUUCAUUCAUAAGAGAGUACAGGUUGAGGUUAGGGGUGGUUGUGGCCGCAGUGAGCUUGGCCUUGGUGGUCUUUGGAUGGCUAAGUGCGGUUCUUGGUGGGUGUCCUGCUUUGAGGUCUGUGGUGAGGGUGUUGGUUGGGGGGUGGCUAGCCAUGGCCAUAACUUUUGGAUUAACCAAGUUGAUUGGCUCAAGUGGACUCUAG